CUUUUUUUCAUCGGAGAGCUUCGAAGGGUUAGAGAGAUCUCGCGGCUCCUUCGAUCUUCUCCGCUUCAACUAUACCUCCGAUCCUCGGCUUAUUAUAUCUACUGUAACUUGGUAGAUUUUGAUUUUGGCGCGUUAUUAGAAACCCUUAACAUCUGUAAACCCACUUGCUGGUCUCUCGUGAUCGAUCUAGGGUUUCGCGAGAUCUGAGAUUUCAUCUUUUCCGAUUCACCUCCGCAAUCCAGUUUUUUGUUUGGUUGCUUGGAUUUGUGUGUAAUCGUGCGAUAAGAUGUCUCGGUGUUUCCCGUUCCCACCACCUGGUUAUGUACUUAACGGAAUCCGCGAUGAGGCUAUGAUCGUAUCGAUCAAGGGGAAAGAAGAGAAAGAACAAAGGAGGAAGGAGAAGAAAAGAGAUAAGAAGGAUAAAAAGGAUAGGAAGGAGAAUAAGGAUAAAAAGGAUAGUAAGGAGAGGAAGGAGAAGAAGGACAAAAAGAGGAAGGAGAGAGAUGGAAAGGAAGGUGGAAGCGAAAAGCACAGUCAUAAGAGACGGCGUAAAGAAGAAGGUGCCAAAGUUGAUCUUUCACGUAAACUAAAAGAAAGCGAAAUCAGUUGUUUGGAGAAGAGCAGCCUUACUGUAGAACGUGAGCUGCUUCAGUCGACGUCCCAAAACUCUUGUGAUAGCACUCUUAACAGCAAUGAGAUACUACCUAAGCAGCCUCUCGAUGGUAGACAUAACAAUGACUCUGAAAGCAUCAUUCGGAUCCGAUUGCCUAGCAGAAGGCAGAAAGAUCCCGAGGUGAUGACGACCUUUAAGGAUCAAGAAACACCAUGUCCUUCCCGGGGAAUAAAGUUAGAUUCAUCCCAGCUUGAUACUAGAGAGCCAGUUAAUCAACAUCCUUGUUCCACUUCUGCACCAGAACAUGCUUCAAAGCCACAAGAAGAGAAAAGGAAAGAUCCCGUUUUUAAAGGGAAAUACCACGGUAAAGAGAAGAGGAUAACCUCAGCCCCUAAUCCAGAAACUUAUCAACCUACUAGAAGCCGAUGCAGUUGUCCUCCAUCAGUGGUGUUGCAAUUCUUGAACGUAGUUGAGAAUUGGGUCCCUAACACAAACGAACUCAGAGUAGACCUCAUCAACUCUGAAGAAGAUGAAGAAUGUUGGUGGUCCAUGAAGAAGCCACGUAGCCCCAAAGAAAGAUGCAAACAACUUAACAGAAAUAAUGAGAUCAAGCAAGUAGGCAAUACAAUGGGGUGGCCAUGUGCUCGCCUUUUACCAGAAGCUGAUAUCUAUGCCCUACCUUACACAGUCCCGUUCUGAUAACAUCAACGAGCAAGAAGUUUUUAACAAGGAAUCUGGUCGAGACAUCUAUGUACCGGACCAGGCAUUUUUUUGGUUUAGCCUUAAAAGUUGUAUAAGAACACACUGUUUGUUAUUCAUUGCGGUUGGUAAUCAUAUAGUAAUAUCUGUAUUGCGGCUCUAUCUCUUGCUCUUUCAACAAUAUAAUGAGAAAUUGAGUA